GGGUCGCAGCGGCGGGGUUCUGGCGCGGAGCACGCGUUGCCGCUGCCUCUAAAAAAAAUCAUGUCUUCCUCCAGACUGGGGCUCCGUUUGGCUGCCUGUUUACUAAACAUUUCAGAAGCUAGAAGAAAAUACGUUGUUGAGAACAUAGCAAAAGCAGCUCUUCUUGACAAAAAUGGGCAGAAACAUCCCGAAGUAACAGUGCUCAAUGUAUUUUCUGAUCAAGACUAUAACAGAUCAGUCAUUACAAUAGCAGCUUCUGUUGAUAAGUUGGGCAGUUCUGUUCUGGCUGCUUGCUUGGAGGCCUUCCAUGCUAUUGAUAUGGAAGUUCAGGAGGGAAUCCACCCUUGCCUGGGAGCUGUGGACCUGAUUCCGAUUUACCCUCUCUCUGGUGUCGGAGUGGAAGAGUGCGGAGCGGUGGCAAGAAGCCUGGCCCAGGAGCUGGCCCUGCACGUCCCCGGCUGCAGUGUGUUCCUCUUUGGGGAGGCUGACCUGCCUGAGAAGCGCAGUCUGGUCCAGAGAAGGAAGCAGCUGGGCUGGUUCACAAGGAGGGACUUCAGUGCUCUUGAGCCUGACCUGGGAGCUGCCCCUGCCCGAAGAUGUGGUUUGACAGGUUCUGAGUAUGGUUUUUGCUCUGUUAUUGUUUCUUUAACUUGAUGUUAGAAUACUGAGGUCCCCUUUAUUGGGUCACACUCUCACAAUGCAGGAAAAUUUACAGUAGUAGCUCUGUUUUGG